CGCGAUUUUAGUUUAUGAUGAAACGUUGUAAUUAUUUAGAAAGAUAAUUAUAACUAUGGGUUUAACGAAGCAGUAUUUACGAUAUGUAGGUAGCGCAUGUUUUGGCGUUAUCGGUAGUCCUAAGUCAAACCUGGUGUACCUAGAAGCAGAAGAAGAGAAGGGAAAGUUCGCUGCCGUGCCAGCUGUAGAGCAUGUGUUUAUUUGGGACAUCCGGAAGUCAGAGAAGGUAAUGGUAUUACAAGGAGACAACUACGAAGUGACAUGCAUUGCUAAAAGUCCAAACAAGACUAGUAUAGCAGUUGGAUAUCAAGACGGUACAAUUAAGUUAUUUGAUUUGAUGACUGGAGACUCCACUGUCACAUUUAAUGGGCAUAAAUCUGCUGUAUCUGCACUCAAUUUUGACACACAUGGCACUAGACUGGUUUCAGGAUCCAAGGAUACUGAUGUCAUAGUUUGGGAUGUCGUCAAUGAAAGUGGUCUGUAUCGAUUGAAAGGUCAUAAAGGAAUGGUUACACAAUGCCAAUUUAUGGCGAAUAGGAAUUUUCUUAUUUCAAGUUCUAAAGACACUUAUAUAAAGUUUUGGGAUUUAGACACACAGCAUUGUUUUAAAACCAUGGUGGGACACAGAACUGAGGUGUGGGGGUUUUGUUUAACACCAGAUGAGAAGCGGAUGAUAACAGGUUGUAUGGACAGUGAACUCAGAGUCUGGGAUAUCACAUAUCAAGAUCAGGUUGAAGAGGAUGGUGAUGAGCCUGGUCCUCAACCAGCCAAAAAAAUGAAAACUGAAGAGUCUACUUCCAUAUUUGGAGAAGACGAGGAAGAAGAAGAAACUAAUUUAUUGUCCUGUAGCCGAGUAGGAUCACUUAUGAGGCAGAGUAGAGAAAGAGUAGUAUCCAUGGCGAUGGAUAGUACUGGUAGAGUUUUAACAUGUCAUGGCACAGACUCACAAUUAGAAGUGUUUGUCUUGUGUAAUGAGGAAGAAUUAGCGAAAAGAUUGAAGAAAAAACAGAAGAAAUCAAGAAAGAAACAAAAAGCAAAAGGAGAAGCAGAAGAUACAGAGAAUGAUGUGAAGCUAUCAUUGGAAGAUGAAAUUAGAAAACUUGCUGUAGUGAGAGCAACACAUAAAGUCAGAUCAUGUGAUUUUAUUCUUGAAAAAGGAGAAAGUAUAAAAAUUUUGCUCUUGUUAGCAAACAACACAUUGGAAGUGUUCAGUUUGUCCAUUGGAGAAAAGAAGCCUGAACCAUCGAACAAAAGUUCAUUGGGCAUGCCUGGUCACCGUAGCGAUGUGAGAACUGUAUGUUUCAGUUCAGAUGACACAGCAUUGUUAUCUGCAUCAGGAGAAGCAGUUAAAAUAUGGAACAGAUCUACCCAGCAAUGUAUUCGUACUAUGAAGAGUGGUUAUGUGUUAUGUUCUAUGUUUGUGCCAGGUGAUAGGCAUUGCAUUGUGGGUACUAAGGCAGGCAAGGUAUGUCUGUAUGAUAUCGCAUCAGGAGACUUAUUGGAAACAGUGGAUGCCCAUGAUGGUGCGGUGUGGUCUCUGUCUCUCAGUCCUGAUAAGAGGGGUUUUGUAACAGGCAGUGCUGAUCAUACAGUGAAAUUCUGGGAGUUUGAGCUAAUCAAAGAUGAAAAAGUAACUGAAUCAAGUAAAAGACUAUCUGUGAGUCAUGUUCGUACUUUACAAAUGGACGAUGACGUACUGUGUGUGAAGUACACACCUGAUCAGAGGUUAUUAGCAGUGGCCUUAUUGGAUAACACUGUGAAGGUCUUCUUUACAGAUACAUUGAAGUUUUUUCUCUCGCUGUAUGGUCACAAGUUACCCGUCUUAACACUGGAUAUAUCAUAUGAUAGUCAAUUGUUAAUUACCGGAUCUGCUGACAGGAAUAUAAAACUCUGGGGUUUAGAUUUCGGAGACUGCCAUAAGUCAAUCUUUGCGCAUGAUGACAGUAUCAUGUGUUUACAAUUCGUACCAAAAACACAUCUUUUUUUCUCUGGUGGCAAAGAUAGAAAGAUAAAACAAUGGGACGGUGAUAAAUAUGAACUCAUACAAACUUUGGAGGGCCACCAUGGUGAAGUAUGGUGUAUUGCUGUCAGUCCAUCGGGAGAACAUGUGGUUUCUGGGUCACAUGACAAAUCUAUACGACUGUGGGAAAAAACGCAGGAAAUUCUUGUACUGGAAGAAGAGAAAGAAAUUGCCAGGGAAAAGGCAUAUGAAGAGUCUGUUGCCAAGGGUGAUGAACCUGUGGUUCCAGGAGAAGUAAGUGGAGGUGAAGUUGAGAUGGCUGGUAAGAAGACGAUAGAGACGGUGAAAUCAGCCGAGAGAAUUAUGGAAUCCAUUGUACUGUAUAAUGAUGAAACUCUUAAAAUGCAAGAAUAUGAAGCUCAGUGUAAAGCAAUGAAAAAAGAGCUUCCUCGUCCCGCAACUCAUCCAAUACUCAUAGCGUAUGGAAAUAUUUCUCCGUCAAAAUAUGUUUUAGACGUUCUAAAGAAAGUCAAAUCAAGUGAGCUAGAGAAGUCAUUACUAGUUUUACCGUUUGAUGUUGUCAUUGAUUUGUUGAAACUGUUAGAUCACUUUAUCAAAUCUGGUUGGGAAGUUGAACUUUCAUGUAGAUGUCUUUUCUUUUUACUCCGGGUACAUCAUGGUCAAAUAACGUCCGAUCAGCUGUUACUACCAGUCAUUGAUAGCCUGCGACAGCACACCGUUAGCAAGGUCAACGAACUCCGGGACACAAUUGGUUACAACAUGGCAGGUCUCAAGUACAUACAGAGGGACAUUGAAUCAAAACAAGAAGUCCAGUUUUUCGCAGACGCCACAGAUAGAUUUCAAGAAAAGAAGCGGAAACAGAAAAAGAAGGAACGGGCCUUGUUAACAAUGAGAACUUGA